AUGACUCAGGAAGCCCUCCUCCCUGUAAUCUCUUUGCGUGUCCCAACCUCUCCUCAGGCUCGGGCGAAGCGAAGAAUAGCUACCCUGAUGGAAGAGGUCGAACUUCUGAAGCAGGACAAAGCAACCAAGCAGAGGAAGACCACGUAUUAUGUUUCACAGGGUCGAGCAAUCCGUCGUCUGGUCGCCCUGUACACUCCUAUAGAGGAUUUGAUCUCUGAAAACGACCGACGAUGCGAACAUGAAGAUACUAGUGGCGUUUCUACUGUAGAGCAAGACCGCCUACAACGCAGUUACGUCGAACUUGUCAAGGCGUUACCGUGGAUUCACGACAAGAUAGCAAGCCUUGACGACGAGGAGUCUGAAGACAUGCUUAGAAAGCUCAAGCGAGGUGCGGACUCGGCUCGCGGCGAUGAUACGGGUACCCUCAAAGAGCUUGUUGCAUCAUGGGUAAAUAUCGAGUUUCGUCCAACUCCACUGAUCUCGACCAGCGACAAGCAUCAUCGAGGUUUCGUAAACGACAUAUGUGCAGUCAAGGCUGGCAUUCGAGACCGUACGGCUGCUUACAUUGUCUCCGAAAACUCAUGGCCCCUAUUCAUGUAUCAAAAUUGUGCAGCUGAUGCCGGUAAUCUAGAGUACGGUCUCAUGAAGUCUAAACUAUUGGUGAUGGGGUUGAAGGCCCUCUUUACCUCUCCCUCAUCUGCCAACGAAAUGGAUGGUGAAGGUCAAGGCACCGAUAUCAUCGAGAACAAUCGACGUGCACGAAGACAGGAUCAAGCCAAAGUAAAGACGUGUGUCGCGUCUAUCAUAGACGGAGACUUCGAUUACGAGAUCUUUUGGAGCAAUGUUGUAGAUUUUUUCGAGGAUGCCCCGGGUCCAGCUGCGCGUGCUAGGGUCAACGAACUUCUUGAGUGGUGGACCAGAAAAGUUUUUGGAAAAAAUCACAGACAGGACCUAACGUCAGACGUAAUUUCCCGAAUGUCCGUCCGCACACUUGCUGCCCAGAGACUGGCGAUGGAAGACGCUGCAUUUGAUUCUGACUCUUGA